AUGUCAUGUCAGACCAGUACGACAAAAUCUCCGUCCAUACGGUCGCAAUCACUGGGACAUUCCCGACGCAACAAGAAAGCAUCUCCCUGCCGGCGCGAAAUAACGUCAGUUCAAACAAAACAACCCAAGGCUCAAGCACCUCAGAAAAGAAGCUUGGGCAAAAAAAGAAAGCAAACGCCAUCAUCUAGUCUCUCCUUUUUCCUCGCCUUUCGACUUUCGACUCCAAUUUGCUCCUGCCUGCCCUCCACCUCUGCCCCGUCCCUCCCUUCCGGCCCUUUCCCCUCCCCCCUCCUUCUCAAUUUCGAGUCUCCUCGUUUGAUGUCUACCUUCCUCGAAGACGUAGGCGCCAGGGGAUGCCGAGCCGCCGGCCACCACGGACCAAGGCAUCGCAGACAGCAACAACCCUCACAUCAUCUUCCAUCAAACCUGGCAUCGAAGCGGGCAGGCAGUUCCCUCGAUAUUACAGUCCAGCAUUGCAUGCUCACCUAA